AUGGUUCAGUUGCUCUCUCCCGUCUGCACAGAGACCAUCAAACUCCAAAAUCCGAUUCUCGGUUCGUGCCCAAGAAGCUCGUGGCGCUCGUUUGCCAAGUCCGGCGGCUCUUCCGGUGCGAUUGGGCGCGGCGUCGGGAGACGAAACAGCAGACUGAGGAUCGCAGCAAGAGUUUCGGCCUCAACGGAGGCCGUUGCCGAUGACUAUUACGCCGUAUUGGGACUCCUUCCAGAUGCCAGCCCGGAACAGAUUAAGAAGGCCUAUUAUAAUUGCAUGAAAGAGUGCCAUCCAGACUUGAGUGGCGAUGAUCCAGACACCACAAAUUUCUGCAUGUUCGUUAACGAAGUGUAUGAGGUGCUUAGUGACCCAGUGCAGCGGAUGGUUUAUGAUGAAAUUCAUGGGUAUGCUUUGACUGCAAUCAACCCUUUUAUGGAUGAUUCAAGCACAAAGGAUCUUGCUUUUGUUGAUGAAUUCAGCUGUAUAGGCUGCAAAAAUUGUGCCAAUGUAGCCCCUGAUGUCUUUGGGAUUGAAGAAGAUUUCGGAAGAGCUCGUGUCUACAGCCAGUGUGGGAAUGCUCAACGAGUUCAAGAAGCAAUUGAUAGUUGCCCAGUCGAUUGCAUUCACUGGACUUCAGCUGCACAGUUAUCUCUGCUUGAAGAUGAAAUGCGCAGGGUGGAAAGAAUCAAUGUCGCAUUUAUGCUCUCUGGAAUGGGAUCAUCAGCUGUGGAUGUUUUUAGACAGGCAAGUUCUCGAUGGGAAAAGAGGCAAGCGAAAGUCUUGCAACAAGCAAAAGUGAGGAUGACGAAGAAGAAAAGUUCCGAUAGCAAUGAUUCAUACUGGAGCAAUCUUUGGGGCAGGCCUAAAGAUCAACCAAAUUCAGAAGAGGAAGUAAACGAACGGGCAAAACGGGCAGCAGCUGCCGCUCGACGAUGGAGAGAGUACUCUAGACGGGGUGCUGACAAGCCUCCAACUUUCAAACUUCCAGAGUCAAUCUCCAGCAACGAAAACUAACUAGGUAAAUAAAAUUAAAUAUAAAACAAAAAUCCAAUAGCUUUAUUGUCGUACAUAAUUAAUCCAAUAUCAUUGCUGGAAAAAGUUAAAAAAAUCCCAUUACUUCCAUCCUUCUUUGUAACUAUGUAAUUAAAAAUAAAAAUCAAAUCAUCACCAAUUUAUGUAAUUAUUGUAAGAACAUCCAACGCGACGAACCGAUUCAUGGAACGAGUUGGGAUUUAUUUCAGAUCUGGGAUCAAAAAUUGUUUUUAUUUAUAUCUACUGAAUAGUUCAUGUUACUUUCUCCAUUGUU